CCCAUCUCUCUCUCUCUCUCUCUCUCUCUCUCUCUCUCUGCGCUCGCAGUCAGCAGAGCCAUCAGUUUGCCAGAAAUGCACAUUCAAAUUCAUCUGAAUCAUCGAAGGGAAACGUAAAUCGACAUCAGAUCGUCUCCGAUCCAAGCUCUUCCGUCUCAAUCUACCGGUUUCAGACUCUUAGGAAACCCUAGAAAUCCUCAGCCGACGAGCAUGAAUCAGUACCACGUCUACGAAGCAAUCGGCCACGGCAAACAUUCGACUGUCUACAAGGGCAGGAAGAAGAAGACGAUAGAGUAUUUUGCGGUUAAGAGCGUUGACAAAUCACAGAAGAGCAAGGUUCAACAAGAAGUUAAAAUUCUUCACUCUUUAGACCACCCUAACGUACUAAAGUUCUUUUCCUGGUAUGAAACUUCUGCACACUUGUGGUUGGUUUUGGAGUACUGCGUUGGAGGAGAUCUCAUGUCAUUACUACGGCAGGAUAACAAACUUCCUGAAGAUUCAAUACAUGAUUUUGCUCACGAUCUUGUCAGAGCUUUGCAGUUUUUGCACUCAAAUGGAAUCAUUUAUUGUGAUUUGAAACCCUCAAACAUCUUAUUAGAUGAAAAUGGACGCCUAAAGCUGUGUGACUUUGGAUUGGCAAGAAAAUUGAGUGAUAUAUCUAAAACUCCUUCUUCCUUGCUGCCACAAGUGAAGCGUGGAACUCCUUUUUAUAUGGCUCCCGAAUUGUUCCAGGAAGGAGGUGUUCAUUCUUAUGCUUCUGAUUUGUGGGCCCUUGGUUGUGUGCUAUAUGAGUGCUACUGUGGGAACCCACCCUUUAUGGGAAAAGAAUUCACUCAGCUAGUAAAAUCAAUCCUUUCAGACCCAACUCCAUCUCUUCCAGGUUCUCCUAGCCACCCCUUUGUCAAUCUAAUUAGUUCUCUCUUGAUUAAAGACCCAGCUGAAAGAAUACAGUGGACAGAGCUCUGUGGACAUCCUUUUUGGAGAGCAAAAUUUGCUCCAUUGCCUUUGCCUCCUCAGCCUGCUUUUACUAAUAUGAUUGAGCUUUUGUUUAGACCUUCUCUCAGAGAACAUAAUAUUGACAAUGCUCUCCAAAACAAAACCCCGCCUAAAUGCCGUGAGAAAGACAGAAAAGGUCACAAACAGGAUGAGAAUGCUCUUUUGGGGUUCCGAAAUCAUAACACUCCAGUUAAGGGUGUACCCAGUGGCCGUAAGACUCAAAUGAAGCCUUCAGGCAAGGUAGCUGAUGAGAAGCAGACAGAUCACACAAACAAUACUAGGGGUGCGAAUCUUUUAAGGUUAUCAAGAAUAGCAAAAUCAAACUUACUAAGAGAGAAUGAGAAGGAGAAUUAUAGGAGGCCAUUGCCAAAUGGCUCCAAAGACAAUGCUGAAGUGAAAUUUGAAAACACUGAUAUGGAACUUGAUUUUAAUGAGAACACAGAGGAUGAGACACACGAUGAUCCUGAUGGUUCUGAUAACCUGCCUUGUCCUGAGGAAAAAAUGUCAGCAGCAAAUCAGCAUCAGGGAAAAGCAGAACAGAUGGACAACCAUGGUAACCAGUUAGAUGCAUCACCCAUGAUUAAUACUCCUGACUCGGAGGACUCAACAACCCCUCACAUGGAGUUGUCAUCAGAACGUAACGAAGAGGAUCCUACUCCACCUAGUAUUAGCCCUCAACUUAAAACCCAAAGAGCUAAAGAAGGUUCAGGAAGUGUCCUUGACCCUGAUUCUUCAAAAUCAUCUAACGACCUCCUGCAUUUGAUUUGGCAUCCAUCCGAUCUCUCAGUCAGACCUGUGAUGCCCAGCAGGAAGGCUGAUAAAGUGUCAAUUCCUUCUCUUCCCUUUGAUACACUGCCAGCAACAGAUUUCAUUAAGAUGCCAAGGGAUCAAUUGGAUGCAGUCAGUAAUAGGAUUACGACAAUCUUAAAUGGGAGUACUGCUAUCAGUGAGAAGCAGAAUGUAAUCAGAUACCUUGAAAUGUUAAGCAGCAAUGCUGAUGCUGCUAAUAUCUUGACCAAUGGGCCGAUAAUGCUGGUGCUUGUCAAAAUGCUGAGGCAGUCUAAGGCUUCCACUUUGCGCCUUCAACUGGCUUCCUUAAUGGGCUUAUUGAUUCGGCAUGCUACUUUCAUAAACGAUGAUUUGUCUAAUUCUGGAAUUUUAGGAUCACUAACUGAUGGUCUCAGAGACAAGCAAGAAAAAGUGAGAAGGUUUUCUAUGGCUGCUUUGGGUGAGUUGCUCUUUUAUAUAUCUACUCAGAAUGAGCAAAGUAAGGACAACAAUCCUCCUGAAUCUCCAUCCAAGGAUGGCCGAUUUUCAUCAGGCUGGCAGGUUCCAAAUGCACUGAUUUCAUUGGUGUCAUCGAUUCUACGGAAAGGAGAGGAUGAUAUCACUCAACUCUAUGCACUGAGGACAAUUGAGAACAUCUGCAGUCAAGGAGGGUAUUGGGCAUGUCGUUUCACAAGCCAGGACAUGAUUAGCAACCUUUGCUACAUAUUUAGGGCUAUUGGGAAACAAGAGAGCAUGAGGCUCACAGCUGGUUCCUGUUUGGUACGUCUGGUUCGCUUUAACCUCCCUAGCAUUCAACAGGUCGUAGAUAAACUCCCAUUAAGAGACAUAGCUUCUGCACUCAUCAAAGGCAGUCCACGCGAGCAGCAAAUCUGUUUAAACCUUCUGAACCUGGUCAUGCUUGGGAGCCAUGUGUUUACAAACUUUGGACGGUAUCUUCUUCCCUUGGCUGAAGAGAAGAAUCUUGUUCCCUGCCUCAUGUCUCUUAUUGAGCAGGGAAGUGAAGUCUUGAGGGGAAAGACGCUUGUUUUUGUGGCUCUACUUUGCAAGAAUGGGAAGAGAUGGCUCUCACAAUUUUUUUGUAAUGCAAAAUUACUAUCAGCAGUGGAUAGAUUGGUAAAGGAGAAGGACAACUUUGUGCAACAGUGUUUGGAUGCAUUUAUCCAAGUUGUGGCAUCCAUUAUACCAGCUUUGCUGGAAGUUAUAAAUGGAGACAUUCAGCAGAUGAUGGGAGGGAGACGCCCAGGACAUAUUGCUGCUCUCACUGGUCGUGCCACUCCAAAGACCAACUUUCAUUUGUUUCCUGUUGUAUAUCAUCUUCUUGGAAGCUCCUCCUUCAAGCGCAAGGUGGUGACUAAUCAGGUGCUGCAGCAGCUGGCAAAUCUAACCAGACUUGCUGAGUCACCGUUUCAGGGCAGGGAUGACUUUCAAAUAAGCCUUUUAGGAGUCCUUGAGUCCAUUACAGAGGAGCCAUCGGUUAUUCUUCAGAAUUCCAAUGUAUUUGUCAGUGAAUUUCUUCCCAGUUUGGCUGCUGUUUACAAGGGAAACAAAGACGGACAUGCCAGAUUCUUGUGCUUGAAAAUUAUCUUCGAUGUAAUGGUUAUUUUGCUAAAUGAACCAUCAGAACAAGAGGAAAGAUCUGUGGAUUUGAAAUCCAUAUCUAAUACCCAUUUUCUCCCCCUGUACCCUACCUUGAUUGAAGAUGAAGAUCCCAUUCCCAUGUAUGCUCAGAAGCUUCUUGUGAUGCUCAUUGAGUUUGGUUACAUCAAAAUCUCGGACAUUCUGCAUUUGAAGAUAGUUUCACAGUGCUUUGAGUUUCUGCUUGGCGACCUCUCAACUGCAAAUGUAAACAACGUCAUGCUCUGUCUGGCGCUGGCAUCUGCUCCAGAGUUAGAAAACAUGAUUCUCUCUCAACUGAAAGUAGUGAGAAGGAUUGGAAACCUUUUGGAGUUCGCGUAUGCAAAGGAAAUGGAAGAUUUUAUCGAACCAACUCUUGGUUUGUGUAGAGCUUUCCUUCUGCGUUCUGCUGGCAAUAGGAGAGGAUUCAUUUACUCGGAAGAACCAACUCUCUUAGCCGAUGGCUUUACUGAGGGUGGUGGCAUAGUUGAUCAGCAGCAGUGCAUAAGAGAUAUAAUGGACUUUGGAAGCAACGUCCGAGUCUUGCUGGAGUUGAGCAAGUCCCGCGAGGCAAAUGUUGCUGAUAUUGCUUCUGAAUGCAUAAUCUUGUUGCUCAAGGAAGCUCCAAGGGAAGCUACCACAGGCUUUCUAACUAAUCUUCCUAAGGUUGGUGCGAUUCUUGAGUCCUGGAAUCAGAAUAUCUCCCACCUAGUGGUGAACCGAAUUCUGCAUGCUCUUGGCUUCUCCUGUCGUCAAUAUCUAUCCCAAGCAAUGAUACUAUCGAUAUCCAUACCAGAGAUUUUGAGAAUUGAGAUGAUAGUUUCUCAGCUCAAGUGCUCUGGCAUUCAGUGUAUUGCUGAUCCAGCUUUCAAAGUGGCAGUAGAACUGCAGAGGCUGCCUCGAUGCAUUUGAUGUUCAAGAGGCUGUUUCUCACCGUAUGUUCCUUUUUCCCUUGAGUUUUCAUUUUUUUUUUCAAUGCAACUAAAUUAAUCAUAUCAUGGGAGGGAUUCCUCGUUAUGGCCAUUUCUAUUGGAAUAUAUCCUAUUUGUACUCAA